CAUGCUUAUGGCAGAUGAACACCGUGUUUUAGAUCAAACCUAGACUGCCUCCAUCAAUAUCCUUUCCCUCAGACUAAAGAAUAGCAGCUCAGAUCCGCCCAUCGCACGUUUGACAAGUUUAACUAGAAAUGUGUGCAGCUGCGCUAAAUUAAGCCGAGACGAAGACGCGCAAUGUUUAUUUUAUUAUUUUUGCUGCCCUUGUACGUGUGUUGAAACCACGCAUGUGUUGAAUUGCACUGCAGCAACGUGCUUCGUUUCCUCUUUGACCCCCCGACUUAAUCUGCAUUCAGAUACAGGCGCUCCAAUAUAUUCGCUGGCUGUUGGAUUUUCGGCUUUUCCUGGGCUGCUGCCUUUAUGUAAUUUUUUUCCCACGAAUAAUUCCUAGGAUCUGUGCAGAAGAAGCAGCAGCCUGCUUGACGGGGCCGAUUCUACAUCUCCGCCGCAGCCCCCAAAGCUGAGGCGAGCAGCGAUGUGCGAGAUGUGUUAUAGCCGAAGCACCCAGUAAAGGAAGGGGCACGUUCAACAGCGAGAAAGGAAGGGGGGAAAAUAGCAGGAAGAUGGUGAUCAUGGCUUCUUCGGUUUUAACAUUGACUACGACUGCAAAGCCUGCCUGUGGUUUAAAGAUGAUCUUUUGGGCAAUUCUCAUCGUCACUCUCCCGACCAGUUCAUUACAAAAGGAUGACGAUGACUAUGAAGAUAUUGCUGCCAAUAAAACAUGGGUGUUGACUCCAAAGGUGGUUGAAAGUGAUGUCACAAACAUUCUAAACAGCCUCCUGAAUGGUUACGACAACAAACUGAGACCGGAUAUAGGAGUUAAACCAACAAUGAUUCACACUGACAUGUAUGUAAACAGCAUUGGCCCAGUGAAUGCCAUCAAUAUGGAAUAUACAAUUGACAUAUUUUUUGCCCAGACCUGGUAUGACAGACGCUUGAAAUUUAACAGCACAAUGAAAGUUUUGCGACUUAACAGUAAUAUGGUGGGAAAGAUCUGGAUACCGGACACAUUCUUUCGAAACUCAAAAAAGGCUGAUGCUCAUUGGAUAACAACACCCAAUCGAAUGCUUCGCAUUUGGAAUGAUGGGAGGAUACUUUAUACACUGAGGUUAACAAUUGAUGCAGAGUGCCAGCUAAAGCUGAACAACUUCCCAAUGGAUGAACAUUCAUGUCCUCUGGAAUUUUCAAGCUAUGGAUACCCUAAAGAAGAAAUUGUAUAUCUGUGGAAGAAAAGCUCUGUUGAAGUUGGAGACACAAGAUCUUGGAGAUUGUAUCAAUUCUCCUUUGUGGGACUGAGGAACACAAGUGAAGUUGUGAAAACCACGUCAGGAGAUUAUGUAGUCAUGACGGUUUUCUUUGACCUGAGCAGAAGAAUGGGCUAUUUCACCAUUCAAACUUACAUUCCAUGCACUCUGAUUGUUGUCCUGUCCUGGGUGUCCUUCUGGAUCAAUAAAGAUGCUGUUCCAGCUAGAACAUCCCUAGGAAUAACAACUGUCUUGACAAUGACCACCUUAAGUACCAUUGCCCGUAAAUCGCUGCCCAAAGUCUCGUAUGUGACGGCGAUGGAUUUGUUUGUCUCUGUCUGCUUCAUUUUUGUAUUUGCUGCACUGAUUGAGUACGGGACCCUUCAUUAUUUUGUCAGCAACAGGAAACCAAGCAAAGAUAAAGACAAAAAAAAGAAAAACCCUCUGCUUCGACUGUUUUCCUCCAAGGCACCCACCGUUGACAUUCGGCCUCGUUCUGCCACUGCAAUUCAGAUGAAUAAUGCCACACACCUUCAAGAACGUGAUGAAGAGUAUGGUUAUGAGUGUCUUGAUGGAAAGGACUGCACCAGCUUUUUCUGCUGUUUUGAGGACUGCCGCUCUGGGGCUUGGAGGCACGGAAGAUUACAUAUCCGUGUGGCCAAAAUUGACUCCUAUGCCCGUAUCUUCUUCCCAACAGCAUUUGGUUUGUUUAAUUUGGUGUACUGGGUCUCCUAUCUCUAUCUUUAGGAAGAUUUUGUAGCUGGCCUAAGAAAAAAAAAAAAAAAAAGUAAAAGAACGAAAAUACGUUCCACUUGGAAGACCAUAACUUUUUUGGCCAAGCAAAUUAAAGGUUUCAGUACUUACUAUGAUUUUUUUUUUUUCCUUCCUUCUUGGGGCGGGCUUUUUUUUAAAUGAAGCAAGCAAAAUCUGUAGCAAAUUUCAAUUCAGUGGGAUGAUAUAUAUUUACUUCACUGCAUUUUUAGGCAAUGCACUAAGGAGCUGUGGUUCUUUGAAGAUGUAUCUAAGGUGAUGUGCUGUCUGUUUUCACCUUCACUGCUCGGAUAUGCACAUUGUAUUAAGACACACAGUCAGUUCCUGUAUCAAACAAUUCAGUGCUUGCAUUGUUACGAGUGUCUCAGACAGUGCAGCUAAGGUGGCUUCGGUGACAGACCCUCUCCAAUCACAUUUCCUGCCCAAAAUGGAGUCAGACGAAGCCAGUGCUGGGACCAAACUCGACAUUGUUGGCCUGCUCUCUAGAUAAUGCAUUCUUUGCAAGAGCAACAGAUUUGUUAAAGCAGUAAUGUAAGGGUCUUUACAAAUGUGGUCCAUACAAAAGGCACUGUAAAUGGAAAAAAAAAAUCUUUAAGAUUGAUUAAGUAACUCCUUCCAAAAAUCUAUUUUUUUAAUGAAAUACAUAAAGUAUUGGGGAAAACCACAUUUUGGCAAAAAUGUAAAGAAUAGUCUGUUAAAUUGUAUUUAUUGGAUGUAUUAAACAUCUCAAGAUACACUGGGGAAGAGGCUUAGAUGAAGCAUUAAAUGUGUUAAAAUGGAGACUUUAUAUAAUGGGGACAUGGCAACAAAACAUACACUCAAUGAUCUAAUGUUAAAAACAAAAGUCUUGUAAAUAUGUGGAUACAUUGUAGUGGUUUCAUUUUACUGCAUGCAACUUUCAGGCCAAAAAAUUAUCUUUUUUCUGUUGUCCAUGUAAAGAAGACAACCUGUCAAAACCCUAAUUUUCAUCUUUUUUGUUUUUUAAUUUUAUGUGUGUUUGUCUGCUUUCUGGCCACGUCCCUUGCACAUGUGAUCUAAGCAGCAGAAAGAUUUCCAGUUCGAUUUACACCAGCUGUAUAAAAUGUAGACGCACAAGAAUGAGACAAAGUCACAAGCUCCCCACUUAAACACUACUAGAGGCAUUCUAGCAUCCAGGCACCCCACAAGGAAAUGGAAGUUCAUAGUCAUUUGUAUGGCAAGCUGCUAUUAGAUAAAAUAUCACAUACACAUAUACUGUGUUUGGGUAUGUUUCGCUUUUUUUAAUAGAAUGAGAGGGGUCAAAGUACAGCCUGCAAUACGUAUAACCUAGUCAGGUAAUGCCCACAACAUCAGUUACAAAAUGCCCUUUGAGCCAGAUAACCUAAUCUUAACCAUAGUGUAACGCAAUCGGCAUUUCGUUACU